AUGGCGCCUUAUAAGGGGAUACGAGAGCUCAACAGUUUAAAGAAGGAUUAUGAGGACGAUUGUGAGGAUGACAAGAGGUUGGCCAGGCGGAGGAAGAGAAAGUGCAUUGCUGAUAGGAAUUUUGAGCCCAAAUCCUGGUUCAGUGCCACAAAGAAAAGAAGAGACUGUAGUAUCCAAGGGGAAGAAGAAAUGGCGGAUAAGGAUUUUGAGAAAGCAUUGAAUGGUUUAGAUCUUUAUGGUGAUUGGGUUGAUGAUGAUGUGGAUCCUGACUAUAAGAAAUUCUUGGAAAAUCUGACGGAAGAUGGAAGCUCCUAUGUACUGGUGGUUGUUCGAGAGAAUGAGAAUUUAGAGCUGAUAAAGUUUGAACAAGAAGAUGGGGAACUAGAUGAGACCAUUUUAGAUACCCCAGAAACUUUGAAAAAAUCUCAGAUGAAAAAGAAGACUGAAAUAAAAAAAGCUUUGAGGGGUGGUAUAAAGAGGGAACAAAUUUAUUGCUUUAACGAUUCUGUUAUUCCUUCGAAUAAAGAAGAGUUUAAGAGCCCAAGAACUGUUAGGUAUGCUAUGAGGAAAAAAACAAGGGGAAUUCAGGAAGAUUCAGAGGGUCUGUCAAAGAAAAUGAGUUCAGGGGUGAAGAAGAAUGUAAAUGUAGAAGCUCCGAAUCCUGUUUCUGAUAGGACAAAAGGGCGUUCUAAUAAAAUCCAUGGUUUAGAGGUUCCCGCUACUCGAGAAACUUUAAAAAGUUCUCAUGUGAAGAAGAAGAAUGUAAUUAAGAAAGGUGCGGAUGGUGGGACAAAGGGGCUUCCUGUUAAAACACCUCAUUUGGCUGAGAAUGGACACAACCAUGGAGCUGCGUCUGAUCAAAUAGACUGGGACAUGGACUAUCAAGAGUUUCUAGAUGGUCUAAGAAAAUAUGGUGGAAAAGUGGUGUAUACACCUACAACUGGUGGACCCGUGGCAGUUGUACUUGAGGAGGAUGUGGAGAGUAAAAAUGAGUAUUUUACCUCAUUUACGGCAGUGGACGUAGACAGUGGGUGGUGUGUUGAAACUUGUGAUACAAGUCAUGCCCAGUUUAGGAAGGGGCUUAUGAAGGAUCUUAAACGGCCUUAUGACCAAGAAGAGUAUAGAAGGCUCUUGAAAGAACUGACCCUACGAAGGCCAAUAAAUCACGACAGAAAUCUGCGCAAUGGAAGAACAAAAUCCUACCCGGUUGCAGGGAAAUUAGGAGCUUCAUAUCGAGAGCAGCACAUAGUCCUGGCAAGAAAGAUUGAUGCUGCUGGUAGCAACCGCCCUAGAAUUUUGAAUCUUUUGCGUGGAUUUUUCUACUGGCUGAAGAAUGUGGCGCAAGAAGGAUGCUUCUGUCCUUGGAGUGACUCGUCUUGUUUGAAGGUGUUGCCUCAAGCUGAUAGAAAAAGGAAGUUUAGCCGCAUGUAG